GGGAAAACCCGAGUAAUUGUCUCCCCCUUUUGCAUAUCCUCCUCUUUAGCUCUCGCCUCUCUCAGAUCGUGCGGUGCGAUUCGCGGGGGACCAUGUCGGGGAAGGCGGCGGCGGCGGCGGCGGCGGCGACGGCGACGGCGACGGCGGCGGCGAAGGGAGCGUCGGCGUAUCCGUGGAGGGAGAAGCUCGCCAAGUACAAGAUGGAGCUCGCGAAGGGCGUGUGGGGCUAUUGGGAGCUCGGCGCGUGGAAGCCCCUCGCCCUCAGCGCCCGCAAACGCGCUCGGCUUCGUAAAGAAGUGCUUCUCGCCGGAGAGGAGUGGCCGUACGAUCCGCCGAGAGGGGAGAUGAGGAACAAGAGGAAAGGGCACAAGUGCGAUCGCAUUGCUGCGGAGAAGCGGGCGAAUACUGCUGAGUUGAUGAAGAAGAUGCCGGAAAUGCUGCUGGAUUAUAAGAAACGCAGAUGGGAAAAGAAGAUGAAAGAGGAAGAAGGAAAGAGCUAAGCUUAUCAACCAUUGCGAGCAGAUUCAAUCCCUCUUGGCACUAAUAAUCUACCAAAGGCUUGCAGUUGUCUUCUCUUGCUGUGUACUGUAGCUUCCUUGUGAUGAUCCUGCUUCUUUUGGCAUUUUCUGCAUGCUAAAUGCUGAUGAUCUUCUACGCCCUAUCUAACGACCAGGUAUCAUCAAAAUCGAUCGGUCUAAUGAACAACCUUUGAAAGGUAAGAGACUGAUAGUAGGUUGGCUCUGAAAGGAGUAUAUGCUUCUUUUGAAGAGUUUGAAAUAUUCACUUUAGAUGGCAAAUUAGAGUAUUUGCAUGGGAAACUAAAAGCAUGCAUUCAGUCUUUUUGUUAUCUCGAUUCCUUGUUGUUUUUUCUUAGUGCUCUAUCCAAUGAUAAGACAAAAGAAAUUUACAUUAAAUGGGGUUUUCUGUA